GGCUUUGGAUGGAAACUUUCACUACAAUCUUGGGAGCUUUGUGUGCCUCGUCGGUCCGGAUGUUGAUACUACGCUUAUCCACGGAUUGUGACUUGCCGACAGAUAUAAAGACGAACAACGGACCUUUUGUUGCCAGGAUUACGCUGUCGACCAAGCGUUUUUACAUGCCUAGAGUCCAAAGCAAGUGUUCUGUGCUGCGGUCCUCAUCCAACAGAAAGCACUUUGUCUCUCCUAUGCGCCGAUUGCUGUACACUAGCAGUCCAAUCAGAACGACAUCCUGCAACCUUUAUAUCGAGAUGAUGAGUGAUGAUGCCACCGCAUCCGUUGAACGUUUGAGCUCACGCCUCAAUGGAGCCCGCAUGUAAGACAUGCAGCUGAGCGGCAGGUGCUGGGGUGCGCCAUUUUCCUGAUAGGCGUACAAUAGCUCAACGACAUAUGCACGGUGUUGUGAGCUGAUGGCACAGCCAAG